CACUUUUUCCUCAACACGCAGCUUAACAUUCUUCCAACUUUUUCCAUUCUUCACAUCUUACACAAAAUACCUUACCUACCCCUUUUCCAGCGCCUAAUAGGAUACUGAAAAUUAUACUACUCCUUGAUAUCUUACAUUUUGCCUGAGCAAAAUGAGUACGCCCUUCAAACAAGAGCCCGCCCGAAUUCCACCUCCAGACAAUCACGGAGAAAAGAGGAUGAAAUUUAAGGGAAUUCGGAAGAGAAAAUGGGGAAAAUGGGUUUCAGAAGUGAGAAUGCUGAAUUCCCGAUCUAAAAUUUGGCUGGGGUCUUACGAAACGGCUGAGCAGGCAGCCCGUGCUUUCGACGCCGCCAUUUAUUGUCUGAGAGGACCUCACGCCAAUCUCAAUUUUCCCGACACCAUACCCGCCAUUCCGGCGGCCUCGUCACUUUCCCGUCAGCAGAUUCAGGCCGCCGCCGCCAAAUAUGCGCGGGGCCAAAUCCCCUCCACCUGCAAAAAUAAUUGCAGCGCCUUGCCGGAGAAGCCAUUUUCGCCGCCAAUUUCUUCGGAAAUGCAGACGUUAAGUGACAGUCUAUUGAUGUCGGAGGAACUGGAUUUCGUGCUGGGGGAAUCUCUAUUUGUGCAUUCCGACAGCAAUCAGUUGCUGAAUUUGGAUGAACUCCUGUGUGAUGACGCAGCUACGCCGGAACUGACGUCCCCAACAGGGGAGCAGGGGUCUAAAUUCUUUGACGCAUCGCAGUUCUGGAAUUUCUGAAUUCUGAGCCGAUUUGGACAGAUAGGAAAGACUAAUUUGUGGUCAUAGAUAAAGCCUUUUCGUCCACGUUGGCAAUUUUGCCACAUGGACGUCAUAAGCCGUCUAACGAUUCUUUUUUUUGCCAGGCUUGAUUUUCCCGACACCAUACCCGCCAUUCCGUGUUCCUCGUCACUUUCCCGGCAACAGAUUCAGGUCGCUGCUGCCAAUUACGCGCGCUGUUAAAUCCAUAUUUUCGGACCCACCGCAAUUGUGGAAUUUCUAUUUUACUGAUAAACAUCUCACAGUUUUUUAAA